CCCUCUCCCCAGAUCACCGCUGCCACCAACAGUAGCAGCAACAGCAACAGUAGCAGCAACAGGAACGGUAGCAACAGGAGGCGCAGGCCGAGGAGCAGCACCAGCGGCCAGAGCAGGACCUCAGGAUCAAUGUUGGCCACCAUGUCCCUCUCGGAGGCCAUGGUGACGUCAUCCAGUGGGCGGGAGGAGGCGGCGCUACGUGCCGAGAUGGGCGGGGCCACGGUGGGCGAGGCCACGCCCACCGCCCACACCCCAACACUGAGGCCGCCCCACACGGGCCUCGACGCCGCCGCCGGCAACACCACCGGUAACUCCUCCUCUUCUUCCUCCUCCUCCACCUCCUCCGCCCACCAUCACCAGGACCUUCCCGCCCUCACGCCGGAGCUCCUAUCCUCCGACGCCCUCUCCCCGGCACACCUAUCCUCCUCCCCGCCCAUAUUCUCCCCGCCCGCCCUAGCCUCCGCUCCCCCGGUGUAUUCUCCCAUCUCUCCUGCCGCGGGCAGAACGGAAGCCAACUUUUUCUUCCCGUGUGGGAGCGGCGCCCCCCACUACACCCCAACGUCCCCCUGCGGGAGCGGCGCCCCCCAUUACACUCCAACGUCCCCCUGUGGGAGCGGCGCCCCCCACUACACCCCGUCCUCGACGCUGUCGACCACCUGCCGCGCCUCCCCCGAGACGGAGAUUAUCAAGAACAACUUACUGGGGUCCCGCCACAGGGACACCAGGUACAACUCCGUGGCCGAGUCCGAGGGCGGCUCCGUGUCCGACUGUACGGAGGGGGAGAGGUCGCCCACACUGCAGGUGUACUCCCCGGAGAUGGAUAGGGAGGCGUUCUCCGGGGUUCGACCCCCGCAGCCCCUAGAGAUGUUCAACAUGGACCUUCACCACUACGACGUGCCUAACGGGAUGUACGGUGGACGAGGAGCCAUGUACACCCCCAUGCAGGACGUCUCCGUCGCCCCCACCAACAUGUGGCCCCAGCAAGUGGACUACGGGAUGCAGGACCUGGGUGGCAUGAAGACCUCGCCGUCAACCCCACCGCUAAACUUCCCAGGGAGGGUGUAUGGGGGUCAGCAGGUCUCCCAGAGGCAAGCUUGCACUAUGCCCACCAACGCUGCUAUCCCAAGUCUUAACCAGCUGCAGCAGGGCAGCAUGCCCUUGACCAGGUCCACACUGGGCUAUGGUGGGUAUGACAUGUCAGGCUCGUGGGCCGCCGCCACUGACCCCUACAGUCCCUAUGGUUCUCAACACGUACGCUCCGCCAUCUCCGCAGUCAAAGUGGACUCCACCUUGCGGGAGACCUGGGAGUGCAGAGAGUGUGUCAACUGCGGCGUCUCCCAGACUCCACUCUGGAGGAGGGACGCCACCACCGGACACUACCUGUGCAACGCUUGCGCCCUCUACACCCGUACCAACGGCAUCAAUCGUCCGCUGGGGAAGACGCCCACACGACGCCUCUCAGGGAACCGUCGAAUGGGACAGAUGUGUACGAACUGCCACACGACGGUGACGUCACUGUGGCGCCGGAACAGCCAGGGCGACCCCGUCUGCAACGCUUGUGGUCUCUAUUACAAGCUUCAUAAUGUCAAUCGACCUCUAACCAUGAAGAAAGAAAGCAUUCAGACUAGGAAGCGUAAACCCAAAAAGUCGAGUGACAGCAAGUCAUCAUCAUCAUCGUCGUCCUCGUCCUCCACUGCGACCGCCAUCGCCUCCACCACCUCCUGCUCCACCACCGGAUCAUCCUCCAUCAUCUCCAUGGCUUCCUCCACCUCCUCCUCGACCACCUCCUCCUCCUCCGCUAUCUCCUCCCUGGCCACCACCUCCACCUCCAAAUACCAGAUUUCCUCCGCCUCCAACGUGAAGUCGGAGCCAUCAAUGGGGUCGUACUUGUCUACUAUGUACGGAUCGUCGUCGCCUCCGUCGUACGGACCGCAAACGACCUCCCCGGCGGUGUCGACUGCGUCUAUAUGUCUGCCUCCCAUGCUGCCCUCGUACGCUCUCCAGGGACUCAAGUCCACCGCCGCCACAACUCUCCAGUACUGCGUUAAGGAUGAACCCUCUUCGCCCGGCGCAGGAGGGAGCUUGGGGGACCUCGCAUCUCUCCCACACGCGCACUCUAAUACUCAGCACGCCCACACAGGCGCCCAGCAUGUUCACUCAGGUUCCCAGCAGUCCCACGCAGUCUCGUCCCAGCAUGCCCACUCUCAGCACGCCCACUCAGCCCCCCAGCACGCCCACUCAGCCCCCCAGCACGCCCACUCAGCCCCCCAGCACGCCCACUCAGCCCCCCAGCACGACCACACGGCCCCCCAGCACGUCACCAGUGGGCUAACCCUCGCCUCUCGAAGUUCCCUUGGAGGAGUGGCGGCGUCAGCCAGCCAGGUGCCAGCGGCGACCUCGUCUCACCUGGCCUCCAGUACCUCCAUCUCCCCUCACUACGCCACCAGCAAUAUGCUGCUGCCCCACAUCGUGACCUCCGCCAGCCUUGGUGCCAGCCUCCAAGGCCACUCUCCCCCUCUCACUCCCACUCACCAACACUCACUCGAACAUCUCUCAUGGAAGAUCAAAUGAGGGAUUUAAAAUAAUAACUGUUGUGAGACCAGUCUUUGAAAAUAAUCUUCCAGGGACGCUACCUUCCCUCUUGUCAGCUGUCCACCCUCCUGGAACACCAAAUGGGAGACCCCAAAGCGCCCAGAAAGCCCUUCAUGCAAGAGGAACAGGAAAUCUAUUGAUGGGGUCAGCCAGUAGCUCGCUUAAACCUUCGAUGCGUCUUCCCAAGGCACUACAAAAAGUCAAGCGAUCCAUGUACUAUAUUAGUAUAAGUUAUAUGUAAAUAUAACAGCGACUACAAUGGUUAAACAAGCAGUUGAAGAAUGGGACACACUAGUGAACAUUGUGCAUCUAUAUCCGCCACCAAGAAAAUGUUACUAAAAAAAAAACGAAAGAUUCAGUGAGAAAAGUAGGAAACUCGCCCUACAUUUAAAACUUUGACCCAGAUAUCACAGCAACAAGGUUAUCGUGAAUAACCGAACUCAAUUACAGGCUCACUAUAGCCCGUGCUACAUGGACAAUUUGUCCAGAGUAGCUGAAUCUAAAACAAUAACAACAUGUAAAUAUAUUAGCCAAUAGGCAAGGAGUGUCUUGAUUUUCGUUUUGUAUUUUGCUAGCGUAUAGUGUAUGUAUAAAUAUAUAUAUAUAUGUAUAUGUAUAUACCAAGGUGAUGCUCCUUGGUUUGGGGUGACGAUUUAUUCCUCUAAUGUUAACUUAUUUAGUUUGGAACUCAUGUAGCAUGUGUUGGCGAAGGCACACCAAAGAUAGCGUGUAGGUUAUGUGUGCCAAAGAUAACAGUUAACGCAAGUCGAGAUGCAUGUUUGUUGCAAGAGACGGUAUGUGCUGCGCCGUGCAAGGAGGGGGGGGGGGCAGGAUGUGAUGCAGGGUGCAGGACAGAAUAUGCUGCACGGUACAAAAGACAGGAUGUGUAGCGCCACAGCAGCGUGCUUGUCAUCUUGUGAGGUGUACAGGGAAAACAUAGCCUGGAUAUCGUGAUACUCUGUCGUGUGCUUGCCACUUUCUGACUGUCAUGUUCUUGAUCACUUUGUUCUUAUAGCCAUGUUCUUGGUCGCUUUGUUCUUGCCGCCAAGAUGUUAUGUAUGAGGAAAAUGGGGCUUCCUAUAUUGUACCUCAUAGAAGCUAUACCUCAUCAUUUUUUUGUUAAACAAAACUAUAAAUGUUUUUACCCCAUUCUAUACGUUUAGGUCUUCGAGCUUUGCUCAACUAUCUUGACGUAUUUGAUCACUUUCAUGGUUUAUCCUUAAUAUCCAUUUUCUUCAUCUUAAUAAAGAGAACGGGAGAUCAGGUCACUUUUAACACUUUCGAAAUUCUUUAAUUGCAACUUCAAGAUAUAAUUAUAAACAGACUUUCAUUUCUUGUGUAAUGAAGAGUAACACCGGUCUAGUCCAUCCUGGACCCCUAACAAGUCGUGAAAGUUAUACAAUCGUAAUUUAUUGGGUUACGGAACACUUUAGUUCAGCAGAGGUUACUUAAAAGUUUGAUGCAAUCAAUCAUUUGCAUGUUUGAUUAGAUAGAACUACUGAUAGAGCGUGUGCAUGUACAGUUUUAGUUGCAAUAUUCUACCUAAGUCAUAUUAGUGUCAAGUUCCUUUGUACGGUUAUAUAUGGAUGACGCCACAAAAUGUACAAUAAUAUAGAUAUCUACCUUU